GAACUGUAGUUUUUAUUUUAGGUCCCAACUUCCGAUGGUUUCCAUUACUUCAUGAUUACCCUUUGCGAUUCUUGGAUCAUCUAGAGCAUCUGCAAGACAUAACCAUGGUUGUCUACUGCCUCCCCAUCGUAAUACAGCAUUUAAAAACUUUUCGCCAGCUUCGCGAUUGAGAGGCCUCUUAGCAAAUAAUUUACUCCACACUUUAUUUGCAAGAAUGCUGUCAAAAAGGUAGGAGUAAUAAGUACCACUAUAACCAUAAAGAUGACCAAACUGAACUUGCCAUGCCCCAUUGGGAACAGCAUUGAAUCCACUCCAUUUGUUUAUGAUCUCUUCAUAAACUUUUGUAGAAUCGAAUGUCGGUUGUAUCACAUUUGACGAAUGAUACUCUUGAUCGACUAAUGCAAGACAGACUUGUCUUUGAUUAUCGAAAGCAGAAGAGAGAUUCUCCAUCCGGAUGAAGUUCUCUAAAGCCUCCUUUUUAAGAGGUUCAUCUGUUAAAUAAUGCCUGGCAUACAACGGCAAUACAUCUGGUGAGCUCAUAAAGUGCUCCAUUAAUAUGGAAGGCAAUUCAACAAAAUCUGUUGCACAACGGGUUCCUGCAAGGUUUUGGUACUUGGUACAGCCCAUGAUGGAGUGUAUUGCAUGACCCAUCUCGUGAAACAGCGUUUUCACAUCCCAAAAAUGUAGACAAGUUCUUCCUGCAAAAGAUAAGGAUUUAUCAAAAUUACAACUUAAGACAAUAACUGGGAGCUGGUAAGAACUACCAUCAGUGGAAACUCUUUUGUCGAGAUGGAAUCCAAGAAGCUCGGCGUCGCGACUACUAGACUCAUCUAGCUGACGCGAGGAACGUAUUGUAAAAUGAGCUGCCCCAUCACCCUUACCGUCUCUGGCGUAUAGAUCACAAUAUACAAUGCCAAGGACAUUUCCACUGUCAUCAUAAACAUGAAGCUUACGAACAUCUGGAUGCCACAGUUCACCAGGCCAUGUAGUAGCUGGCUCAAAUCUUAGACCAUAUAGGUUAUUUAACAGUCUCGACAAUCCCUGCAUGACCGUACCAACAGACAUGUGACACAUUAUUUCGGAUUGAUUCAUAUGAAGACUUGGAAGCUUACGUGCAUAGGCCUCUUUCAUUCGCAGGAGAUAAAAAUCACGGUCCCAAGGAUCAAGUGUUGGCAACUCGUUUAAGCGUAAAUGUUGUUGCUUAAAUCUUGAAACUUCUCGGCUUAAAGAUUUGACAUUUCUCAAGUUGUUGCUUGCUAAGGUGUGUAGAAAUUCAAGCACGUUGUCUUGAUUUCCAACCAUUUUAUCAGAAAGCUGGAGGUCGGCGAAGCUUUUUUUUCCAACAAUUGCAGCUAAUUCUGCUUUAGAAGCGAGGUAAGAUUCCAAAACUUCAAUUUCGUCGGGUUUUGCGUACAUGCUUUCUGUGUACACCUUUUUCCUAAGUGAUGGAUUUGCAAUAUUAAUUAGCGCAUGUAAGCCUUCUUGGCCAUUUACUGGGAUAUAAGCAUGGUCUCCUUUUUCAUUCAAUACCGUCCGAGAAAAAAACGGAUUUGAUCCUUUUAGUUCAUCAGCGGGGACUUUUAUAUACCUUUGUAUACGAUUGACCACGUUGUUGAAGAAUUUUCUCCCCAAAGUCGCAGAUUUGAGCGACUGAGUAACGAAUUCUUUUCGCUUGUUUUCUUCAAGGUCAAUUGCAGACUUCUUAAAAUCCAUUAGGAAAACAUCGGCAAUAAUUCGUUCUUCUUCACCUAGCUGAUGCUGAGUCUUGUCAAUACGAACUGCUUGUUCAAUUUUGUCAUAAAGUCCACGGUGUGUAUUUAAAACAUUCAUAAAAUUGAAAAGUCGAUUGUAAGCAUCUUCUGACUGUGCAAUAAUCUUUUCAUCCGUGUGAGCGCAACGGACGAAUUCGCAUAAAUCAAUUACGCUACAAAGAAGGUCUGAUAAUCGAUCAAAUUCAGCGACAAUAAACUUUCCAUUUGUACCAUCUGUUUUUAACAAAUCUUUGACAAUCCGUUGUGAAUGCCUCAAUACAAUGUCAGUCAACUUCUGAAACCCAGUUGAAGAGUCUACUAAAAAUUCGUUUCGAAAGAGUCCGUAUUUUUGAGUAUGAAACUUUUCUUGAAACAACUCGUGAUAUUUAAGGUCGUCGAAUAGUUUCUUUAAGCUUUCAUCUUUAUAAUUGUGAAUUGCUGAAGCGAAAGUGCGAGCAUUUUUGAACCGUGUAAUAAAUCGCGUAUUUACUAUUACCUUUGGAGCAGAUUUGCAAACAAACUUCGUCAAAAUCAUUCCAAGAGUUACAGAUUGUGGGUAUAUAGUGAGAUUUUUCAGAAAUUAUGUGACUUAUUGCACCUUGAAUAUUCGAGCAAAACAAACCUUGCUCCUGUCUUCCGCCACUAUAUUAGAGCGUACUGAUGAAAGAAAUUUCGUUUAAACAAAAGAGAAAUCGGUCAAGUCGACGAAAAAGGAGUGAGAAAAAUGAUUUUGAAGAGAAUGAUUUUGUUGAAGAGGAAGACUCUGUGCUACGAGUAAAAGCGUUACAGAAAAGAAUAAAAAAGUCUUUUGGAAUUAAUGUUAACAGUUUGUCUGAUACGAACACAAAACCCGAUUGCUCCAUAUAUCAAAAGCAAGAGCCUGAUGACUCGAAUCUAUCACACGAGCUUCCUACGACAAAAAUACAAUUUACGAAAGAGACAAAUGAAAUUGACGUUAACGCCCAUAUGCUGUAUUAUGUUGAGAAGAAACUCGAAAAAGAACGGAUGAAAGAACGAAAAGCUGAAGGUGACAAGACUAUAAAUAACGAACAAUUGGCUACUUUAGAAGCUCACGCUGACAAGCCUUCAUUCAGACUGAAUAACAUUGCAAAAGAUGCAGCGAGCCUAGGAGCUAUCGCAGAAGUCGAUGUUCAAGGCGAAAGUACCAAUCCACAAAAACGCAAGCCCAUAAGACGUGUGCGAGCAAGAGGCAGGAAAGUAGAGCCCGAAAAACUAUCGUCGAAGAAAACCUCAGAAGACCUGAAGCGAGAAAAAUUCAUAGAGAGUCUGCUACAAGUACAGGUAGAUGACAAUCAUGCAGAAAAAACCUAUCACAGAUUUUGGACGCACAGUUCGUAAGAUCGGCAAACCAUACAAGCCAAUUUCUCUUCGAUAAGUGUAAAACAAACACAACAACACGUUCAUGAUUGCUGCCAAUACAUUAUAUCAUUAGCCCAGAAUACAUACAUCCAUCCAUCGGUGAUUUAGACUGAGACGAAAGAAGUCGAAUACCGAUAUUGAACCGUUUAAGCGUACUAAAUACUUCCAAUGGAAGAUGUCGACACCGAAGACGGUUUAGUAACAGAUGAUAUACUUGGAGGGGGAGGAAUAGUGCUAGGAUCGGCAGGAAGCUCAGGAGCUCCGUGAUCGUUUUUGCGACUAUUAAUCUCUUCCUCUCUCAGAUAAUCUUCAAUGCUCGUGUCAAUACGUGCAGAUCUUUUUUUAUGACGUUGUUGAUAUUGGGGAAUGGGCGAGGAUGCAGAGGUUUGUUGAUGUGGAAGAACAACCAUCGGAGGUUCGGCUGGAACAAAAAGAUUUUCAUCAGUAUUCACAUUAAAGUUGCUAGAGUGUUCAUUUGGAGAUUCUGCUUGGGCUAAAGGAUUCGUAAACGCAAUGUCACCAGGCUGAGGAGGAGGACCUGACAAAGGUGUAGGCAGUCUAUGUAAAGCUCCGUAACCCACUCCGCAUCCAAUCGCGCCGUUUCCACCCCAUUGCUUGUUAGGGAUAAUGGUAACUUGACGAGUUGAAUCCCUGUACCAGUUGUAUAUAUAAAGACGCAAAGGUCUAUUUAAAUGCGUCUCGAUCAAAUCACCUAAAGCACGCUCUCCGUUCAUUACUCCUUCAGGUGUUCCGACAAUGAAAUCUUCGUAGCCAACAACAUUUGCUUUGUCCAUAGGAGAGCCUUCUAUGACAUCUAAAAUGUGCCAAACAGACUCAAGCGCGGGUGUAAUAUCCGCCCAUUGCAAAGUCAUACCAAGUUUAUCUAAGCGAUUAGAAUUCGAAUUGCAAGACUACAGAAGUAACAUACCAUUUUCGUCCAAUAAGAUGUCCAAAGUUACAGAGCGUGUAGUCUGGCCUUUUAGACUGAAGACUUGAAGAGUAAUAUUGUCUACUGCUUGCAGAAGAAUAGCUUUAAAUUUGUUUUGAUCACCGUCCUGAAAUUAUGUUAAAGAAAUGUAUUCGAAAUCACCCGUUUUCGUACCAAUUGAUAGCCAUUCGCACCGAUUAUAAAAUCAUAAUACGGCUCUAUACCCGCGGAAGCUGCAGAUCCAUCCACUUCAACAUUGACCACUCGAAAUCCACAAUUGUCAGAAUGCUCUCGUUGAAGCCCACCCAAUGCAGCAGUUUUCUCCUUUAAAAAGUUCUUAAAGCUCCCA